UGUCAAGUGCCUGAAAGAAUUGGGUGUGACAACUCAAAAACCAUAUUUUAUAUAUGGAGCCAAAAAAUUUUUUAUUAUGUACGAUGUCCCUCAUUUAUUAAAGCGUACUUAUGCUUUAUUCAGGAAAUACAAUGUAUUUCUGAACGUUCAAAUAGAAGAAAGCGUUACAACUAUGGAGGCCAAAUUCUCGCAUGUUCGUUGGGCUUAUGAGCAUGACAAGGCAUCUCCUUAUGUCUUCAGGUCCCUUCAUAAGCUGAAAGACAAUUUUUUUGACCCAAUCAUGAAGUAUGCCAUGAAGGUUAACAUAGCUGCACAAGUAAUGAGUAGAACUGUGUCAGCAUAUUUGUACUCGAUGAUAAGAAAUGGAGCAAUGCAACAGGAGUGUAUUGCUACAGCCUCAUUCCUGAUGGAAGUGGAUACGCUGUUCGAUAGUUUUAAUGGGAACACCAACCAGUCAGGAAAGGAGUUGAAAUGUAAUAUUACUGAAAACUCUCCUCAUAAUGAAUAUUGGCCAAAAGCUUUGCAAAUGGUGAAGAGUUGGAAAUUUAAAAGGCUUUCAAAAAGCGGGCAGGUCAAGCAAAGUACACCACCAUCUCAAAUGGGUUGGAUUACAUCUCUGAAUGCUAUCAGGGGAAUCUGGGCAUAUGUGCAUUCUAAAGGAUUUACAGUAUUGCGUCCAAGGUCUCUAAAUCAAGAUCCUUUAGAGAACCUAUUUGGAUGCAUCAGAUAUGGAUCAGGAUGUAAUGAUAAUCCCUCUGCUUUUCAAUUUGUGGGUAGUUUGAAAGCCCAAAUUUUAAACAAUCUAAUUCAUUGUUCCACUCAUUCAAAUUGUGAGAAGGACAAUAAUGAUCUUCUCAGCAAUUUAAAAUCAUUUCUGGAGAAAGAUGAGAAAGAAGGAGAAUAUCAACCUAAUGAAGUUGAAGUCAUAUGUAUGCCAGAAAUAUCAACAGAGGAGACGGUAUCCAUAAUUGAAGCAGAUGUGAAUGGGGGCCGUGCAGAAACUUUUUCAGUAGCUUAUGUUGCUGGUUUCAUUUUGAAAGGCAUCUAUAAGAAAAUAACGUGUACGGGUUGUUCUGCUCUAUUGUCAUCAGAUGUUUUGGAGGCACACAACAUGUUCAUCUGGAACAAGGAAUGGUCAGAUGAUAAGAGGAGUUUGUAUUAUCCAAGUGUUGUAUUCACAAUAUCCAUUGCACAAGGUAUAGCUUCUUUGGAGAAUUUUAUGGUGGAUAACUCUAAUAUUUCUGACCUUCCAUAUCAUGCCUCUAAAUUUGUUCAUAAUCACAUUGAUUUUUCAUGGUUAACAUGUGAACAACAUUGCGAACAGAUAGAAACUAUAACAGUGCAAAGUAUUGUAAAUAUUGGAAUAGUCUGGUGGGUUAAAAGGGAAAACCAGAAAUUUAAAAACCAAAAAAAUGCUAUAAUCAAAUCGAAAAAAUUGAUGAAAAUGAAGAAUAUGUGAAGGUCAUUUGACCUAUUUUGUUGUUUAUACGUCACUUGCUUUAUAUUUUACUUGUUUUGUUUUAUAUUUCCCUUUUUUAAUACUUCAAUUGUUCUCCUAUAUGUUUGUUAUUAGUUUCAUUCAAAUUCAAAUAAAUCGUAAAACCACCAUUCGAAAAGUUGUAUUUCCGUCCAAAAAUUUUCACGCAGCCAUAUUGAUAGCGAAAUUGUUUGCCAACUGAUUAUAAUAAUCAACAUGGCAAAAAUUUCAGCAUCAAUUUUAUGGUUGCGCGAA